GACUUGAGCCACCGUGCUUAUUAUCUAAUAGGAGGCACAUCUCUUAAAACUUUUGAGCUUGGUUUUGGUAUUGCUUAGUUACCUGGAUUUUCAGAGGUUGGUGGGCUAAUUAGGCAGUUAUCUGUCCAUUAUUUUACCAGGCAUUUGUGACAGUGAUUAUUUUUUAUGGCAAUUUUUUGUUUGUUUUUUAAAUCAGCCUGGACAUUUAAAUAUAUUAUGCCAGUAUAUUAGUUACAUGAAGAUUAGCUAAGAUAAUGUAAGGUUACGGGCUGUUUAGUUACACUUACAAACAUAGUAAGACUUAUCAAAACAAGUAUGGAUUUUGAAUGUGAAUUUUUUAAAAGAUAUAUUGAAAUUACUUAGAGUAGCCCUGGAUAUAUGUUCAUUAUGGCAUUUAUCUUGUUAAUAAGUUUUUACAUGCUCAUUUUAAUUUCCAGUAGCAUGAGCAAGUAACUUACAUUUCAUUCCUGAGAAACUGAAAGAAUCUGCCUAAAGAGCAUGAAAAUUACCAUUAAAUCUGUAUUGUCUACUUUCUGGAUGCUUAUAUCAUUAUAGUUCUCUGCUCUUCCACACAUUUUUGGCUGCUAUCAGUUUGUAAGUAAUCAUUAUACAAACUAAAUUUAAAAAUUUAAGCAAGAUAAUUUUAUAUUACUUGGAUCAGGGAAAAAAAUUGCAGUUGCUGAAGAUGGUUUCAUAGCUAAAUAUAAGCAAUUAUUUUGCUUUUUCUACUUUUUUGGAUUUAUCAUCUUUUCCCUUUUAGUAAUAGAGUAAUACAGGUAGGAAUUAACUUAGCACUGCCAAAUUAAUAGUAAUAUUAGCCCUGCGUACACAGCGCAGGAUUAAGGUUAUAUAGAAAAAUGUCUCAUCCAUGUUUAAUUUGGCUGACCAGCCCAAUUGAUUAGCCAAUUUUAUUGUUUUGUUAAGUUAAAAUUCUGAAUAUAGUUGUCCAUUGUUAAAAUAAGUAAGUAGGGUUAAAAUAGAGAAUCGAUAAAAAUAAAGCCUUAAAAAUCUUUUAGCUAAAGUAGCAGGCUUCAAGUGAAAUUCAGUUUUGGUCUCCUUUACAGGAAUAGCUAUUCACAGUCAGACAGAACCACUUAUCACGUUUUGCAGUAUCUCCUGAGGAAGUCAGAAUCUGAGCCAGCAUGAAGACGGAAUCUUGUCUUUGAUCUGAUUUGCAAACCGUACUUUUAUUCUAAUCAUGUGCAAGGUGGAGGUUAUAGCGUGGGAACUAAAAUCUUACUUCCUGCCUGACACAGCUCACUUCAAGAAGUGCACAAUGUCAGAACGUGGAAUUAAGUGGGCUUGUGAAUAUUGUACGUAUGAAAACUGGCCAUCUGCAAUCAAGUGUACUAUGUGUCGUGCCCAAAGACCUAGUGGAACAAUUAUUACAGAAGAUCCAUUUAAAAGUGGUUCAAGUGAUGUUGGUAGAGAUUGGGAUCCUUCCAGCACCGAAGGAGGAAGUAGUCCUUUGAUAUGUCCAGACUCUAGUGCAAGACCAAGGGUGAAAUCUUCAUAUAGCAUGGAAAAUGCAAAUAAGUGGUCAUGCCACAUGUGUACAUAUUUGAACUGGCCAAGAGCAAUCAGAUGUACCCAGUGCUUAUCCCAGCGUAGGACCAGGAGUCCUACAGAAUCUCCUCAGUCCUCAGGAUGUGGCUCAAGACCAGUUGCUUUUUCUGUUGAUCCUUGUGAGGAAUACAAUGAUAGAAAUAAACUGAACACUAGGACACAGCACUGGAUUUGCUCUGUUUGCACAUAUGAAAACUGGGCCAAGGCUAAAAGAUGUGUUGUUUGUGAUCAUCCCAGACCUAAUAACAUUGAAGCAAUAGAAUUGGCAGAGACUGAAGAGGCUUCUUCAAUAAUAAACGAGCAAGACAGAGCUCGAUGGAGGGGAAGUUGCAGUAGUGGUAAUAGCCAAAGGAGAUCACCUCCUGCUACGAAGCGGGACUCUGAAGUGAAAAUGGAUUUUCAGAGGAUUGAAUUGGCUGGUGCUGUGGGCAGCAAGGAGGAACUUGAAGUAGACUUUAAAAAACUAAAGCAAAUUAAAAACAGGAUGAAAAAGACUGAUUGGCUCUUCCUCAAUGCUUGUGUGGGGGUUGUAGAAGGUGAUUUAGCUGCCAUAGAAGCAUACAAGUCAUCAGGAGGAGACAUUGCACGUCAGCUCACCGCAGAUGAAGUACGCUUGCUGAACCGUCCUUCUGCCUUUGAUGUUGGCUAUACUCUUGUACACUUGGCUAUACGUUUUCAGAGGCAGGAUAUGCUAGCAAUAUUGCUUACAGAGGUGUCUCAACAAGCAGCAAAGUGUAUUCCAGCAAUGGUGUGUCCUGAACUGACAGAACAAAUCCGGAGAGAGAUAGCUGCCUCUCUUCAUCAGAGAAAGGGGGAUUUUGCUUGCUAUUUUCUGACUGACCUUGUAACAUUUACAUUGCCAGCAGAUAUUGAAGAUUUGCCCCCAACAGUCCAAGAAAAAUUAUUUGAUGAGGUGCUUGAUAGAGACGUUCAAAAAGAAUUAGAAGAAGAAUCUCCAAUUAUUAACUGGUCCUUGGAAUUGGCUACACGUUUGGAUAGUCGACUGUAUGCACUUUGGAACCGGACUGCAGGAGACUGCCUACUUGAUUCAGUACUACAAGCUACCUGGGGCAUCUAUGACAAGGACUCGGUGCUUCGGAAAGCCCUGCAUGACAGCCUGCAUGACUGUUCACAUUGGUUUUACACACGCUGGAAAGAUUGGGAAUCAUGGUAUUCUCAGAGCUUUGGUUUACAUUUUUCCUUGAGAGAAGAACAGUGGCAAGAAGAUUGGGCAUUUAUACUCUCUCUUGCUAGUCAGCCUGGAGCAAGCUUGGAGCAGACGCACAUUUUUGUACUGGCACAUAUUCUUAGACGACCAAUUAUAGUUUAUGGAGUAAAAUAUUACAAGAGUUUCCGGGGAGAAACUUUAGGAUAUACUCGGUUUCAAGGUGUUUAUCUGCCUUUGUUGUGGGAACAGAGUUUUUGUUGGAAAAGUCCGAUUGCUCUGGGGUAUACGAGGGGCCACUUCUCUGCUUUGGUUGCCAUGGAAAAUGAUGGCUAUGGCAACCGAGGUGCUGGUGCUAAUCUCAAUACGGAUGAUGAUGUCACCAUCACAUUUUUGCCUCUGGUUGACAGUGAAAGGAAGCUACUCCAUGUGCACUUCCUUUCUGCUCAGGAGCUAGGUAAUGAGGAACAGCAAGAAAAACUGCUCAGGGAGUGGCUGGACUGCUGUGUGACGGAGGGGGGAGUUCUGGUUGCCAUGCAGAAGAGCUCUCGGCGGCGAAAUCACCCCCUGGUCACUCAGAUGGUAGAAAAAUGGCUUGACCGCUACCGACAGAUCCGGCCAUGUACAUCCCUGUCUGAUGGAGAGGAAGAUGAGGAUGAUGAAGAUGAAUGAAAAAAAAAAAUCAAACAGCAGAAGACCAAGGCAUCAGAUCUGUAAUGACUCUAAAGUUAGUGUGGUGCUCCAAGCAGAGUCGACAUCAUGGAAUGAACCAAAUCUGGCAGGAUCUGCUCGGGGAAGUGUUUUCCUGGACCACACACACCUUAUGGAUAUAAUGCCUCUGCUGCGUGAGGGGACAGAGAACUUUAGUUGGACUACAGUUUGUAAAAAAACUAAUUUUAUUAAGACAGAACUUUUUUUCCUUUCAAAUUGUAAAUCUGUCUAUAAAUGUAACGCAUGUGGUUGUGUAAGAAAUUGUUUAAUAGGAAAAGUUGUACCAGCAUCUUCAUAUUAUUGAGAAAAUUUUUUCCAGCAUGGGCACUUAGAAAAAGCACAUGGCAAAUGGCUCUUUGUUCCUUUAAGAUAUUAUUUCAGUAGAACCUGGCAUUCUACUUUCACCUUAAAAGAUCCAUCUAAGUCUCAGAUCUGAAAACGUUUUGUACAGAUUAUCCACAGCAAAACAUAAAAAUAAGCUUUUGUUUUAUUAAUAAUUUAGUUCCUAUCGUGCCCAAUCAAAUCAAAUCUUUUAGGAACAAACUGCAAGAAAAGCUAAGAAUGUUUGAGUGAACUAAAUAUAGACAUUGCUUACUUGUUUUGAAGAGGGUUUUGGUUUUGGUUAUUCUGUCUUUAAGUUUUCUGUUAUGCCCCCUUUCGAUAUUUAGAUAUUUAUUUGUUGGGAAGAAUACCUUAAAAUGAGGGUUUUUAUUCCAGAUUCUGGGCAGUGGUCUGUGAGUAGUUUUUUUCCUGGAUGAAAAGGGAGCAAGCCCACUUGUCACUAAAUGAAUUGCGUGAAAUGUGCUCACUUGGACUCCGUCAACAAUGUGCUGCUCCCAGAUUGCCAUGCCAGAGGGUCUUCGGAUUCUUCCUUCUGUCACCUCUGCUCUAAGCAAAUCUUGUUAGAAGGGCAUGCCUUUGCUUAGGCAGAUGGGGAAUACCAAUUCACUACAGAAUAAAGAUUUUAAAAAUGCGAUAAGGUGGCAAAUGCAUUGUAUGAAGAAUUUCUCAGCGUUUAGUCUGAGAAUUUUUGCAUGUUGGUUAAUUGUGGCCAUUCUUAUUUAAAGUUAAAACUAUAAUCUUAGGUAGAAAAACUUUUUUAUAAGAAGUAUUAUUUGACCACUUCAGGUAUACAUUCAAUGCUGGGUAAAAAUUUCAGACCUAUCUCAGGAACACAGAAAUAUUUGGUGUCCUGAUAAGCACUUUCUAGACUAUUGAUGUGGCCAGGAAUUUGGAAAGACCACACACACACACACACACACACACACACACACACACACACACACACGUGUAUUUUUUUUCCUUCCCUGUGAUGAAAAAGGCUGUGAAAACCUUAAAGUAUUUGCUUGCUUCUUGUUUUGUUUAGUUGAUAAUGAAAUGUGUACAACCUCAAAUUUACUGCCAGAAUACUAAAAAUAGAAAAAUACCCACAAAACUGUCAUGUCUUUAGUUCUUUCCUCCUGAAAACUCAGUAAAAAGGUGUUCCCAGGAUGAAAAGAUCAUUUUUGCGGCAUGCUAAAUCUUGCAGGAAAAAAUGAUUUUUAUAGUACGAUUUUGUAGAAAUGAAUCUUUGAUAUAAUGUAAAUGCUGCUGUUUCAAGUGGUGAAUGUGUUAAAAACUGGCUGUUUGCUUUCAUUUUGGCCAAUAAUUAAUCAAGUUCGUAGAAAAUGUUAGCAUUCUGACUACUUAGCAUCUGUAGUAACUUUUCUCUAUGUAUAGGGAUAAUUUUUUAGUGGGCAGAGAUCCUGUUCUAGUUGCCUAUUAAGCAAAAUCUGCCCUCCCAGUUGAAAAAGCCAAAGAGAAUUAUUAGAGGGAAAAGCACGUAGCCAUUGCAGUCUGCAUUGCAGCCAGCGUUGUCCAGAGAGUACACGCUCAGUACUUAGCUUCUCCUGUGUGUUGUGGUCUGGUGAGUGUUGUUUCCCCUGAGCGCUCUAUUUAUUUAUUUAUUAUCAGUGACCCUGACCACAUAGUGUGAUAGGUGCAGCAUUCUUCCCUGUGGGAAAGAAUUAAAGAUGGUUCCAUUUCCUAGGCUACAGACAGGAAUGGGGCUCUAAAUGGUUUUCAUAGACUGGCUGUUAAAGGCCAAAAUUUUUGGUAAAUCAGUGCUAUAGAUUAUGCUCUUGAACUAUUAAACAGCCAUAAUUAUUGUCCCAAGAUAGAAUAUAGUCCUUUUUCAAAGAUUAUACGUGGCUAGGUGACAGACAUAAAUGAUUUGACUCUGGAUAGUAAGUCAUCCCUUCACCCUGUGGACUUGACGGUUCUUUUUCUAGAGCAAACAUUGUUUUGAUUUGUUCUUCCUUGGAGUCAAAUUUAUAUAUAUAUAUAUAUAUAAAUAGAUCUAAUUAAAACCCGGGUGGACCAUGGAUUCAGACCUGCCUUUUUAUGUUUUUGACUCUUAGGUUCAUCGUGUCCCAGACUUCUUCACGUAUGUGAAGGUAAGAUAUUCUGUGUGCGCUUGGCCUCCUUUUCACGCAUAUUUCAUUGCCUCUUUGAUGAGUGGUUACGAAGAUGUUAAACUACCUUUUUGUUCCCUGGGGUGAUAGGUCAGUAACUAUGAGCGCUGUCUCUCUCCAUGUGAACUUGUAUUAAUGGACACUUUUAUGGUAGAGUUGGGAUGGGGGGACACCACCUUAAAAUGAGUGAGCAGACAAGGCCAGGCAAGCCAAAGGCUUUAAGACACCGUGAUUUUUUUUGUUUUGUUUUAAUGGGAAGGGAAGUAUAAGGAAGAGCUCAGAGGGAGUUUGAUACCUGGAAUCGUUGGACUUAAUUGGCACCUGCAAAUACUUAGUAUAAAGGUUUAAUUCUGUUUAAAAAGAAGAUCCAUUAAAUCAAGUUCUUCACUCAGUCAUAUUUUGCAACACUUCUUUGUAAAUAUCAUUUUGUUUGUGAGGUUACUGGCAAAACAGUUUCAAGGUUCACUUCCCUCCCUUGAACCAGGUCCAGGUCAUUUUGCUUUGGGGUAAAUUAAAAUCAGAACUCUAAAAGUUG